GUGACAAAAUAAUUAAAAGUAGAAUAAUGAAAAAAACAUGCGAUAUUAAAGCUAAAUUUAUAUCCAUGAGAAAGGUUCUUCAGAGUUUUUUACCUCUUCCUGGAGUUUUGAAAACUAUUUUAGACUACAUGGAUAGUCUAUCAGAAGAGAAAGGUAUAAUAUCUAAUUUUAUUCAAGGCGAAUUAUGGCAACAUAAAAUACAUGCGUUUUUUCAAGGAAAAACAGUCCUCCCCCUUUUUAUUUAUUAUGAUGAUCUUGAAGUAUGCAAUCCACUUGGAUCUCAUGCUUCAAUUCAAAAGCUUGGAGAUGUUUUUUAUUCUAUUCCAUGUCUGCCUCCUCAGUUUCUUUCUCAGCUGGAAAAUAUUUUUUAGCUCUUCUUUUUCACUCAGUUGAUCGAAGUCAGUUUUCAAAUACAAGUAUCUUUACCAUUCUUGUUGAUGAAAUAAAUUACUUACAGAAAGAAGGUUUAAAAAUACAAACGAGAGAAGGUUCUUUCCAUAUUUAUUUUGCUUUAGGUCUUGUUUUGGGUGACAAUCUCGGAUUAAACUCAGCUUUGGGUUUUACUGAAAGCUUUAAUGCAACGUAUUUUUGUCGAUUCUGUAAAAUGUCGAAAAAUGAUUCUCAUUCAUGCCCAGUGAAAAGAACAGAUCUUUUGCGCACUGAACAAAAUUAUAAUAAUGAUCUUCUUUUGAACAAUAUGAAGGAAACUGGCGUAAAAGAAAAUAGUGUAUGGAAUAAAGUUAAUUAUUUUCAUGUAACAGCUAAUGCUGCUGUAGAUAAAAUGCAUGAUUUUGAUGAAGGAGUAUACAAAUAUGGAAUGAGCCAUAUAUUAUAUCACUAUAUUUAUGAUAUCAAAAACGUAUCUCUUAAUAUUUUAAAUGAGCGUUUGAAAGGUAUUGAUUACGCUUCAAAUAAUAUUUCUAACAGACUUCCAUCUUUAAGAAAGGAUGAAGUGAGAAAGAAGAAAUUAUCUUUUUCAGCUAGUGAAAUGAGUUAUUUUUUGCUUUUAUUUCCAUUUAUUGUUGGAGAAGAUGUUUGCCAUGAUGAUGUAUGGGAAUAUUAUUUGAUUUUACGUAAGAUUCAUGAUUUAGUUAAUGCAAAAUAUCUCCAAGAGGAAUGCGCUGAGCUGCUUGGAGUGUUAAUAGAAGAACAUCAUGUAAAAUAUUGCAAUCUUUUUAUGGAUAAUCUAAAAGCAAAACAUCAUAAUACAUAAAUAACAUGACACAUUAUAAAUCUGUAAUGAAAAAAAGUGAACCUCCGUCUCAUUUAAGUGUUGCACGAUUUGAAUCAAAAAAUCUGUUGGAGAAAUUGUUUUUACCGGCCAAUCUCGUUCCACCCUUUGAUACCGACAGCGACCUUUUCUAUCUUUUUCU